ACAGUAAACGCUGCGAGGUUGUGAACAAGACACUCUACUCUUUGCAGAACAUUUUAAUUGUAGUUUAUGGUAGAGACAUAUGUAGUCUUUAGACUGCAGCAGAACAUGACACUCUAGCCUGAAGAAUCGGCUCGUUAGUUUGUGAUUGAUAAUAAUGAGGGAUUGUGCGGUUUUAAAGUGAAAGCAGCACUUGGCAGAUAAGGCAAGAUACCUAUAGGAAUGCAGGAGGGUAUGUGGAAACAGCAAGCCAGAGAGCCAUGUGAAGUGAGGUCACGAGGCCGGUAUGGACUCUGGUCAUUUCAUCAGGUGCCCCCAGCUGGGCCUGGUGGGUCCAAUUUUGCCUUCAGAACCACUUAAAGGUAGAAUGAGUUGUACUCUCCUGUUCCCUUCUAUUGUACUAAGCUGUGACACACCACAGCAUGACAAUGAAAUGUGUCCUCUGCAUGUAACACAUAUGUGACAUUAUGACAUAGUAGAGGGUGGCCAUUUAGCUGCUCAGGCAGCCGGGCAUAGGGUUAGUACCUUGCUGGUCAGGGAUUUGAACCAGCAACCUUUCACUCACAAGCACUCUUCCAUAACUAUUAGGCCUCCACUGCCACAUAACUGCUGUCAUGCUUAUUUGUGACCUUCCUGUUAGCUUAGAGAGAGGCCAUUCUCCUCUGACCUCUUUCAUGAACAGGGUGUGUUUGCUCAAAAAAAAUGCCACUGACUAGAUAUUACUUGUUGCAGACAUCGUUCUUCGUAAGGUCACUGCAGUCUGUGAAAAUCCCAGGAGGGGGGCUUGUUUCUGAGAUGCUGGCCUCCCCAAGCACGGCACCAACAACCACAUCACAUCCAGAAUCACUUUGAUCGGACUUUUGACUGAAUCUGCAUACUAGCCCUGUGAUAGGAGCAGCCUGUUUGCAUUAGCAUGCAAGUAUAUCUAAUGAAUUGGUUAUUGAAUAUAAGUAAAACCAUAAAAGUAGGAAGGGAACGACUGAGUGGACGGCAGAAAGCAUCGGGUUCGAACUAGGGUUAGGGUUGGGAAAAAUGGGAACAAAGCACAUGAAUUCAGCACAAUCAUUUUAUAUCAGGUGGAGUGGAUGCAUUUGCUGUUUACAAAAACCUAAAAAGUAUACUCUGCCAUUCCAGAAAUAGGAUUCUUUGGUGUAUAACAAAGAACAAAGCUGAAUUGAGACCUGGAAUUUUAAAUAUUAGGUCACAUGACUCUGCUCAUCCAAUAGAAACACGGUAAAAGCAUAAAUCAGGUGCGGCAUAUUGAUGCAUGUGUUUUGUGGUAUAAAAGCUCCAUCAACCUGUCUUUCCAAUACACUGCGUCGUCGGAUGGCGUGAAACAGGCUGGUAGAAUUUUAUAUAAUUGACACGUAUGCAUAAUCUAACUCAGUGAGAAGCAUAAAAAUGUUCUCCUUAAGAGUCACACCAAGGCAGAACAAGGGGUCACACAUUUUUUUUUUUUAGAAUGAUUUUACUUUAUACAAGAAAUAAUUAAUCUUUUAAGGAGUCCAUUACAGACAAUGCUAGUGAAAGGUUCUGUUAAGUAUUUUUACUUUUAACUAGAUGACAAACUAUAAGAGGCUGCAGGGUGAACCUUGGAGAGAAAGGCGGGAGAGAUUUCCAGGUGCAGCCACUCACUGGCUUCCUCACCUGCAGCAAUUUGUGUGAAUAAGCUGCCUUCUCCGGCAUUGCAGAAGGUUUGUCGCUCUGAGCAAACGGGCCGCGGCAGCUUUUCCCUUUUUCACGCGGCAUGUUUUUCUGAGCAUGGAGGAGGAGGCUACGUUAGAUAUCCUGGAGGAUACCAUGGACUCCUUCAGCACUAAGAACCUGGCCCUCCAGGCCCAGAAGAAGCUGAUGAGCAAGAUGGCUACAAAAACCAUGGCCAACAUGUUCAUCGAUGACACCAGCAGUGAGGUGUUGGAUGAGCUUUACCGCGUGACCAAGGAGUAUACUCGCAAUCGAAAGGAGGCCCAGAAGAUCAUCAAGAACCUCAUCAAGAUGGUGGUGAAACUGGGCGUGCUUUACCGCAACAACCAGUUCAACAGUGAGGAGUUAGUGCUGGUGGAAAAUUUCCGCAAGAAGGUCCAUACUCUGGCCAUGACUGCAGUCAGCUUCCACCAGGUUGAAUUCACCUUUGACCGACGGGUCAUGAGCAAUAUUCUUAACGAGUGUCGCGAGCUACUGCACCAAGCCAUCAACCGCCACCUCACGGCGAAGUCUCACUCCCGUGUCAACCACGUGUUCAACCACUUUGCCGACUGUGAUUUCCUGGCCGCACUGUAUGGUCCGUCGGAGAUCUACCGUCCACACUUGCAAAAAAUCUGUGAUGGCGUUAGCAAGCUACUUGACGAAGGCAGCCUUUGACCCCUGGACAUCUGUGCUUCCACUUCUCUUUUAAUAAAUGUCUGUGGACGUUUUCAUGUUUUGUUUUUGUUGUUUGCUCCUCAAGUUACACUGUGUAUAGAACCCAUGCAUACAAGUCUGGCCCAGAGGUUCAUUUCCUCCUUGAAUAUGAGAACUAAAUACUUGUUGGAUAAAUGUAAAAUAUCAAGGUUCAGAGCAUGGUUUUCAAAAUUCUUACAUCCUCUUCUCUCUGGAGCUGUUUCACAAGACUACUUUCCUAUUCUGCUGUUAAGUUUGUUCACUCCCGUUGAACUGAGAUGGUCACUGUAGAGGUGAAGUGUUCUAGCUGACAGGCUGUGUUGUGUAAUAAAUCUCAUGAAGGUUUUUAUAUGUUCAGUGAACCAUUUUCACUGCGAAAGAUCUCAGAGAACCUUUUUUCUGAAUGUUAAUUUUUCUGAGUGUUGGAGAGUCAGACCGGAAGACUGGUCACUAUGAAAAGGGAAGCACCAGAGAUGUUCUGUUUGCAGGGGCUGGAAAUGCUGUGUUCAAUGCAAGAUAAGCCGUCUGUGAAUUGCUCAAGCAAGUUUUAAUGGAGAAGUUCAAAAGCAGUUUUAUCUGGUUCAUCCUUUUGCUGUUUCUGUUGAGAUUGUCAGCCCCCCCCCAUCUCAAGCUGUGUCCUACCAAUUCAACCCCUCCUCCACUGCUCAAUGUGACCAAGGAGAAUGAUGGUAAAUGUUCUCCUGACGUGAUUCUUACUUCAUACUUUAGCACACGAGUGAUUUCUCCUCUUCUUAAUGUAAUUAUUUGGUGUUUGUGAGCCUUUUUGACCAAUUUCUUUGCUUUAGUGUAAGGAAGAAGCACGCACUUGCACACUUGAGCAUGAAGUACUAUGAUAUGCACAUAAUUCAGCUAGUUAAAUGGACAACUGUUUUAUGACAAGCCAUGACCCCAGCCUUCAAACAUGAUAUUUGGGGGUAAUCUCUAUGUUUCAAACCUUUAUCCAAAAUGUAGCGCCUGUGCUUAACCUCGUAUUUUCAUUGUACAUACUACUUGACUGUUUCUGGACGCCUUUUACUAGCUGGGGGGCCAUGGAAAUGUGCGCUGAUGCCGUGACAGUUUUAGAAAACGUGGCGUCUCAGGGUUUCUGCUUGUUGUUAGUCAACAGUUGCUCCAUUGUGAAUUUGGUCAACAAAUUACAUUUUCCACAACCUAAUGUGCUGAUGCUAUUAUUUUCCAUGAUAUUAUAUAUAUUUUUGUAUUCUUGUAUGUCUUGUUUUGGUUCAUUUAGACUUUCCUGGUUUUUCUGAACAAAUAUCUAUAAAUGGUGGUUUUAGUGCCUUUUGUGCCUUUUCUAAUGGAAAAAUAUCUGAAUGACUUAUUUUUUAAGAAAUAAAUUGUUCAUCUUUUCUGUAAUGGCUCAGGGAACAGUGAAUUUAAAAGCCGUGUUUAACGUCAUUUGGACAGAGUACCUGCUUUGCACCCCCCCCCCCAACCCCCUUGCUUGUGUGUCUUAUUUCACAGAGCUGCAGGGCUUUUCUGGUUUUACACGUUCUCUUACAGACUUUUUCUGGAGUUUCCAAAAUUUGUACUUUAACAACAUAAUGGCCCAUCAAGGAGGUUCGCCAGUCAGGGUUAAGCGCUGAGAUCUGUGUGAAAGUUUUAUUUUAUCACGUUUCCGGCCAAACUUUCUUCCUGCUCCACAUGAAGUGAUGAUUCUUUCAAGAACGUCAGCGAUGGCAUGAUAAUUAAAUGGUUACAGAACAAAAGUGCAACAUCACAAGGAAUAAUAUUAACGUUUUAAUGAUUCAUAAAAAGAGCUUUCAAGUGGGCAAUUAUUGUGGUUAAUUGUAAAAGCACAUAUAAGUUGAAAGUGCUUGGCAAAUGUGUCUCCAUAGAAACAUGGUUGUGAAAACAGCCAGUAUUUCUAAAUAGUCAAAAAAUAUCUGUAGCUGAAAUUCUUUAGGAGGGAGAUGUGCACCUUAAAUAAUCUCACGUAGUUUUAGUAGGACAUCAUAAAAACGCUGCUCUGCUCCUGCUUCGGUUAUUUGUUUUAAACACAUUUGUCUUUUGCCCGCUUUUGUAUUUUUGGUGAAAAAUAACAGCUGUCGUUCCUUUACUUGCAGACUUGCCUUCGCGACCUUGAAUGCUUCGUUAUUUUAGUCUAUUUUGUUACAUCAUUUUCUCCUCGCAGUUUUGAAAGGAGUCACAUCUAAGCCAGAAUUUGGAAACUCGUGUUAGUAAAUAAGUCCUAAAGGUUAAUCAACAAUAGUUUGUAUUGGAAUUGCUUUCAAUUUAAUCUGUUUUUUUUGUCUUUUAUUUAAGUUUAAUUUCUUUUAUUUUAUAUCAUGCCUUUAACUAUAUUGUUUAAGAUUUGUAAUUGCCCCGGAAGCAUUCUUGGUACAAAAUGCUCUAUGGUUAUGCAUGGAUAUCUGGGAUAUGCUUUAAUUUAAAAGCAACAUUAAAAUAUAAUUGACAAUUUA